AUGGUGCCACCCAAAGACCCUACACAUGACACCACCCACAAUAUCUCCCAAAUAUCUUCCUCACAGAUUACAAACAGCUGAAACAGCAAAAGAUCGAAACACAAGUACACAACGAAAGACGGACUAAAAUGGCAUCUCUUCUCUUCUCGGCUGCUCCAAAUCUCAGAGCUUCACUUCCUCUAUCAUCAUCUUCAACCGCUGCUUCUUUGCGCUUUGCUAAUUCCUCCUACCUUCCUUCUAGAAGACUCGCUCUUUUUCACCUCGGCUCUGCUCUCCCACAGUCACAGUUACUAGGUGUAAAAGCAUCAAAUAUUUUGAGGACAGAAGGGAACACUAUAGAGGCUGCCUCAGAUAGGAUAAUGGCACAAGCAGCCACAACUACUACAACCAAGGAAAAUGUGUUGGAGUGGGUCAAGAAUGACAAACGACGAAUGCUCCAUGUCGUCUACCGGGUGGGGGACUUGGAUAAGACUAUAAAAUUCUAUACUGAAUGCUUGGGAAUGAAGUUAUUAAGAAAGCGCGACAUACCUGAGGACAGAUACACCAAUGCUUUUCUAGGAUUUGGGCCAGAAGAUUCUCAUUUUGUUGUUGAACUCACGUAUAAUUAUGGAGUGGACAAAUAUGACAUUGGUACCGGUUUUGGCCAUUUUGGCAUUGCAGUUGAGGAUGUUGCUAGAACAGUUGAACUCAUAAAGGCAAAGGGAGGGACCGUUACGAGGGAGCCUGGUCCCGUCAAAGGUGGCAGUACAGUAAUUGCUUUCAUCAAAGAUCCUGACGGUUAUAAGUUUGAGCUUUUGGAGAGAGGGCCUACUCCUGAGCCACUAUGCCAAGUUAUGCUUCGUGUUGGUGAUCUUGACCGUGCUAUUAACUUCUAUAAGAAGGCUUUUGGCAUGGAACUUCUCCACAUAAAGGAUAACCCUGACUACAAGUAUACGGUGGCUAUGCUGGGUUAUGGUCCAGAAGAUAAGAAUGCAGUUCUAGAACUGACGUAUAACUAUGGUGUCACGGAUUAUGACAAAGGAAACGGUUAUGCACAGAUUGCAAUAGGGACCAAUGAUGUCUAUAAGACAGCAGAAGCAAUCAAACUUUGCGGAGGGACGAUUAUUCGUGAACCUGGUUCUUUGCCGGGUAUCAAUACGAAGAUUACUGCUUGUUUGGAUCUGGAUGGUUGGAAAACUGUCUUUGUUGAUAAUAUUGAUUUUCUGAAGGAGCUAGAGUGACCAAAGUAUCAACCUCCAGCUUCCAAAUCUCUACACUGA